CUUUAAGGGAUGUAAAGGAAAAAGCAUGCACGGGGCUUCCAGAGCAGAUCACGAGCCUGAUGAUCUCACCGUGCUGGUGCACGUGAAACAGGAAACAGAAGCCAGGCAAAUGGCAUUUGCUCUCUCGGCAACAACACAAAUUGCAAAAAAAAAUAACGGAGAAGGACAAAUGCAUUGUGCAGACAGACUCCAGGUUAAGCUGUCACAGUAAUAAACAAGGAAUUGCCAUCCAUUGCUACAAAACGAAACCGCUUCUGAGUUGGUUUCAAACACGUCUCCCCACACACUUACAAGAUAAACCUUUGCUGUGCAGCUGGUUUGAAUUCAGAUCAGAAAGGAUUUUACCAACAGGGAGGCAUGGUGUUCUGCUGCUUGAAGUGGUUUAUAGGCUUUGGCAGUAGGGCUGUCCUCACAGAAGCUUCAAGGAGCAGUAACAGAAGCACCUCUUUGAUAUGGAGAUGCUGCUAUCACAGGACUCCAGGAAGCUUCCUGGAUCCUGAGAUGAGAGCGUUUCUGGAGGAGAACACUGAAGUCAGUAGCAGCGGGCACCUCACACCAGAGAUACGACUGCGACUUCUGACACCUCGCUGCAGAUUCUGGCAGGAAAGAGCUGACUUGUGGCCCUAUGGCGACCCCUUCUGGGCAAUCUACUGGCCAGGAGGCCAAGCCCUAUCCAGGUAUAUCUUAGAUACCCCGGAUGCCGUCAGAAUGGGAUCAGUACUAGAUCUCGGAAGUGGAUGUGGAGCAACAGCAAUCGCUGCUGUGAUGAGCGGUGCAUCCCAGGUCCAGGCUAAUGACAUCGACCCCAUUGCAGGAAUGGCCAUGGUAUUAAAUUGUGAGCUGAACAAUGUGAACCCCUUCCCUAUUUUAACUAAGAACAUCAUUGAUACAGAGCUGGACAACUGGGACCUCAUUGUUUUGGGGGAUAUGUUUUAUGAUGAACAACUUGCAAACCGUCUUCAUCACUGGUUGAGGAAAUGCAUCAGGACUCAUGGAACUAAAGUGCUAAUUGGUGACCCCGGGAGGCCUCAGUUCUUAGGCCACCGCAUUCACAGUCAAUUGCACAAAGUGGUAGAAUAUUCACUUCCUGAAUCCACUAGGCAAGAAAACAAUGGAUUAACCUCAAGCAUUGUCUGGAGUUACCAGCCCUGAGAUUUCCGUUUCUCCAAAAGCUGCUAACACUGGAUUUAGAAGAAGUAUGGUCUUUAAAAAAAGAAAUGUAUUCUCUGUUUAUAAAGUAUGAAAAUGGAACAUUGGAAAAUGGGGCAGAUCCUCCGCUGGUGCAAACUACUGUAGGGCUACUGAAGUCCACACAGUUACAAUUCACUCCUGCUGAGAAUCUGGCCCAUAGUUUGGGAGAAGCCUUAUAGGUAUAUUCCACCCUCAGAUGUGCAGAUGCCCCUUGCCCUGCCCCAUUGAAGCCAAUGGAAGCUAAGCGUGCAUGUUCAAAGGCUGAACAGGAUGUAACCAAAUAAAAUAUCAAGAUAAACCAGGAGACGAUCACAGAAAUUCAGUGUAGCGGCGUGCAGCUUAGUGGGUUACCACAGAAUGUUCCUGUUCACUGCUGCACCAGUUGAUAAGAAUCUAGUUUUCAAUGUCUGGUGAAGAUAAGUGUGUUGAACUAUCUGGCUGCUUCACAAAUUUCCUUUGCUAAUUAUGAGGCUAUUUUGUCCCAAGAAGUGACAGUUUUAUCCAGCAGCAUGUGCCUGCAGUUCCUCUGGGGGGGAUUUAAAUCUUCUUCCUGUGUGUAAUUCAGUUAUGCAUAUCCAGGUGGAUAUAGCAUUCUUGUGAGCUGUGUCCCCUGCAACUAGGAUGUAUUCACGAGAAUAAAAAUAGCUUAGUCCUGGUGAUGUACAUGUACAAACAGUGUAGCGCUAGCCCUUUAAGACCAGUGCAUCUGUGCUGCAUCGAUUGGCCCAUAUUAGGCUUUGAAAGCAGGUACUUGGGCUGAGAAAGAGUGACACUAGGUGAGUCAGAGCUAAAAAAGCUGCAGGAAGCAGCAGGACUGCCAGAGUGCCCUGGGAGGAGAGACAGUGAAAGCCUGAGUUGUAAAGGGGAAAAGUCCCCUGGGGAUUGUAGCCCAGGGUGAAUUGAGGAAUUGGGCUUGCUUGAGUUUUGUAUAAGUUUGGUCAAUAAAACUGCCUCAAAAGAGACUGUGGGCAUGGCAGUGGAUCCUAAAGAAGCUGGGGAGAAGUCCGGGCUAGUUACACAUCUGUCUUCUGGAUUGCGCUUGGGGUGAAAGUAGAAAAGUGGGAGCACCAUGUCUUGGGAGCAUUGGUAUAUUGUGUUCCUCUUUUAAAUGAACUUUCCCAUUGACCUGUGGUAAAUGGGGUCUGCUUUAUGAGUCCUCUCCCUCUCAAGUGCUCUGUUCAGUGCCAUAUCGUGUAUCAUACUGCAUGCUGUCCAGACUUCCUUUAUGACAGCCACCACUUCUUCUUGGGUCGGCUUCUGUCUUUUUCUUUCAGUCUUGAUAUUUUGGACUCUCUCACCUAUGUAGUUGUCACUGCUGCACUUUUCAUGACAAAACCUACUGAGCCUGCACCCCCCUCAUUUUUUCAUUUAUGGAUAUUACUUUGAGCAUGUCUCUUACAUAUACAUUCCUCACAUGGCCUUUCUUGUUUUCGCCACUCAUCCUUCUCAACAUUCACAUUUCUUCUUUGUUGCCCAACACUCAUUGCCAGGACAAGCCACCAUUGUAUAAACUGUGCCUUUUAAUCGUACUGUAUCAUGGCAUGGCACUUCUUUCCUAGGAACUCUUUUCCUUUCUAGAACUUCCUGCCUUUCUAGAUUGGGCCUUUGAAGUCUGCAGCUGUAUGGGUUUGCCAAAUUUAAAGUGAUAAUUCUGCAGCUGGUAAGAACUUACAUUUUCCCUCUCUCUUAUUGGUGAGGAGCUGGCAAAUUCUUAUGUCAAAAGAAUUGCUUUGUCAGCAUACAAGUGCUGCCUUGCAUAGAUCCUGCAGAGGCAGGAACUUCUGGACAGAGAUGAAGGGGCAGGUUCCAGGACCACAUUGUCUGAUUUUUAGAG